AUGGCGAAACACCAACCAUCAUCAACGAUGCUGCGGCCAUCCUCCCUCCUCGCAGCAGCAGCGUUCUGCCUGCCCCUCGCAUCCGGUUCACAGCCCGGCGCCGCGUCUCCGAUCCCGGCCCCGAUGCGUGAUCUGACCUGGGGCCAGCUCAACUUCCUCCACACCACCGACACCCACGGCUGGCUCGGCGGUCACCUCCUCGAGCCGCAGUACUCGGCCGAUUGGGGCGACUAUGUCUCCUUCGCCGAGCAUAUGCGCCGCAAGGCCGACGAGCGCGGCGCCGACCUUCUAGUCAUCGACACGGGCGACCGCGUCGAGGGCAACGGCCUCUACGACUCCUCCAGCCCCAAAGGUCUCUUCACCUACGACAUUUUCCGCGAGCAGGCCGUCGAUGUUCUCUGCACCGGCAACCACGAGCUCUACCAGGCCGAUGCCGCCCAGCGCGAGCACGACAUCACGGUGCCCAACUACCGCGAGAACUACAUCGCCAGCAACCUCGACUACAUCGAUCCCAAGACAGGCGACCGCGUGCCUCAGGCGCAGCGGUACCGCAAGUUCAAGACGAAGAAUCAAGGUCUCGAGAUCAUCGCCCUCGGCUUCCUCUUCGACUUCACGGGCAACGCGAACAACACGGUUGUGCAGCCGGUCGAGGACACCAUCAAGGAAGACUGGUUCAAGAAGAUGCUGCAGGAGGAGAAGCCCGAUCUCUUCGUCGUCAUCGGCCACGUCGGCCUGCGCAUGCCCGAGUUCAAGGCCAUCUUCACCGCCAUCCGCAAGGAGAAAUGGUUCGCGCCCAUUGCCUUCUUCGGUGGCCACGCUCACGUCCGCGACGCCCUCACAUUCGACAAGGGCGCCUUUGCGCUUGCCAGCGGGAGGUACGGCGAGACCAUCGGGUGGAUGUCGAUCGACAACGUCAAGAAGGCCAAGUCCGCCGCCGAUGAGGCCUCCGCCGAGGCUGCUCCGUCGGCCUCUUUCACGCGAAAGUACAUUGACAACAACCUCUUCGGUCUCUACCACCACACCGGCCUUAACGAGACGACCUUCCCGACGGAGCACGGCAAGAACGUCACCAAGAUGAUCGAGAAGGCCCGCAAGGCGCUCGAUCUCGACUACCGGUACGGCUGCGCGCCGAAGGACCUGUGGGUGAACCGCGCCCCAUACCCCAGCGACGACAGCAUCUUCACAUGGCUCGAGACCGAGGUCCUCCCGGACGUCAUCCACAAAAAGGAAAGGGAGGACGUGCCGCGCCUGGCCAUAGUCAACACGGGCGGCCUGCGGUUCGACAUCUUCAAGGGUGCCUUUACAAAGGACAGCACCUACAUCGUGUCGCCCUUUACCAGCACCUUCAAGUACAUUCCCGACGUGCCGUACGGCGUGGCCAAGCGCGUCAUUGAGCUGCUCAACCAGGCCGGCAAGAUCUUUGAGGCGGCGCACGACACCCGUUUCAUGAACAUACCUGAAAUGAUGUUCCCCAAGGACGACGUCGUGAUGAUGUCGACGGCGGCACGGGAGGACGAGCCGCGCCGUCUCGAGCUCCGCCAAGAGGCUAGCCAACACCGCUUGGCUGAGGACGGCGACGACGACAAGUCCAAGAAACCGGACCUCAUCGGCGGAUACACCACCAAAGACGACAUCGGCACUGACGGCGACGACACGGAACACACGCCCAUCAAGUUCUACGAGGUGCCCAACUGCGUGCAGACGGAGAUCGGCUUCCCCGAGGAGGGCGAGCCGGACAAGGUGGACGUCGUCUUCAUAGAUUUCAUCCUGCAGUGGGUCCUCGUCGCGCUCAAAUUCAGCGGCGGCGACUACAGCGAGAAGGACGUGCUGGCGUGGUCGGACGAUACGCUGACGUACAAGAUGGGCGAGUGGAUCAAGGAGAACUGGAAGGGAGAGUGCUGA